AGUUGAGCUCCAGGCUGGAUAGUUCUAGAAUAAGUUGGCUUUUAUUAUCAAAUAAAUAAGCAAGGUUUUUUUUCAUUAUUAAAUCACAAUCUAUAAACACAUGGUGAUAUUUUAUAUGCUAAAUUAAAUAAAUAAUUAUAAAACAAAAUUUUUCAAACCAUGGACAACAUUGAAAUAACUCAACCAGAAUUGGAGUCUUGGAAAAAGGAUAUACACUUGAAAAUUGUUGAUACAAUAAAUUAUGCCACACAAGGAUUGGGAUUGGAUUUAAAUAAUGAUAGACAAAAUAUUAUUGAACGUUGUAUUGAUAACCUUGUUGAUAAGAAAGCAUCACGUUAUAUUCCAACUCCAGAAAAUAUAAGAACAAAAGACAAUUUCAUCAGCACUAUUUAUCAAGCUGAAGGAAAGCUUCAUUAUAAUGAUAAAGAUUAUAAUGAAUCUUGGAUAAAAUAUACAAAAGCAAUUGCUUAUGCAUUGCCAGAUAGUCUUGAAUUAACAUAUGCAUAUUCAAAUCGCAGUGCUGCACUUUUUGAAGCUGAAAUGCAUGAUGAUUGUCUCAAGGAUCUUAGCAGACUCAAGUACAUGAAAAUAUUUCCAGAUAAUGCAAAAUUAUUAGCAAAUUUACGUGCAUUAAAGAGUCACAGAAUUAUUGCUGAUCGUGAACUUUCAACAUCAUUGAGGUAUGCUAAUAAGAAAGAAGUUGCAGACCAGGUGGACAAAAUUGGAACACGUGCUUUGAAAUUAAAUUCUGAAAUUGCUCCAAUUAUAUUGGAAAAAAAUAAUCUAGAAGUACCAAGUUUAUCUGAUUCAACACAAUUAAAUUAUUCACGUGAAUAUGGUCGUCAUAUAACAGCAAAAAAAGACAUUAAAUUUGGUGAAGUUAUUGGUGUUGAGCACGCAUAUGCUAGUAAUAUUGUUCAAGAUUUAAAAUAUAAUCUUUGUGGUUACUGUAAAAAACAAACAUGGUCAAGUAUACCAUGUAAUAAUUGUGCUCAUGUUGUUUAUUGUUCUGAAAGUUGUAAAAUUAAUGCUGAUAAUGAUUAUCAUAGAGUUGAAUGUAAAAUUAUACCAUAUCUUUUAGCAUUUGGAAUAAAAGAUAAAUAUUUAUUGGCAUUGAGAUUAACAAUUAUUGGAAUGUUAGAAAGUGUUUAUCGUCCAGAUAAAAUUCCAACAAAAAAAAAUUUAUCAUCAUUUGAUCCAAGAAGUAAAGGUUUCAUGAAUGGUCGACUUAGAUCAGAUGUACAUACAAGUGUUGUAUCAAUGCAAACAUCAAUAUCAGGAAAUUUAAUUGAUCAAGAAUGUGUAUCACUUGCUGAUUGUUUUAUUAUGGCAUAUUUUUUAUUGAUAAACAUGGAUGAUUUGCCAAGUGAUCAUGAUGGUGAUUUAAAAGAUUUAAAAACACGAAAAAAGUUCAUGAAUGUUGUUGGACUUAUUGAUAGAUCUGUAAGAAUUUUAAUGAACAAUGGCCUUGAGGUAUCAAUGCCACAAGCUAAUGUUAAAAACCAACGAAUUCAUAUGGGUAGUGCUUUAGUUAUACCAUUCAGUUUGUUCAAUCAUAGUUGUCAACCAAUGGUCAUCAUAAGUCGUCAUGGUGAUCAAUUUAUCAUGAGAGCAACAUGUCCCAUUAAAAAAGGACAACAAAUAUUUACAAAUUAUGGAGUUACAUGGUAUUGUCAUGACAAACAAAAGAGACAAGAAUUUUUAAAUUUCUAUAAUUUUACAUGUAAAUGUGAUGCAUGUUGUGGUGAUUGGAUUCAUUCUGAAAAAUCUGAUAAAAAAGUUGUAAAAAAUAAUAACAAAGUACGUAAUCAUGUAUUUCAAACACUGGAAAAUUUAGUAAAGGCUGUUGAAAAAGGCCAAUUACAAAAUACAUCAUCGUACUAUUUAACUGAAAACAGGUUAACUGUAAAACCAGGUGACCUUGAGGUUUAUUUAGUGGUUCUUAAUGAGUUUUAUAAGUAUUUCAAUAUUAAUUCAUCUCGAGCUGUUGAAUUAUCAUAUUUAUUUAGUGAUUUUGUUGCACUUACUCAAGCAGCAUUCAUUCAAUUUUUUGCUUAACAAUAUUUGUAUAUAUAUAGCUUUUUUUUUUUCGUCAUUUAAAAAAAAUUAAUUAAUUAACUCAGUACAUUGAUUGUAAAAUAAUUGAUUUGAAAUUGAUAAUUUUUCAAAAUUGUAUUUGUGUAAUUUUUAGUACGUAAUUGUUAGACCUGCGCGUUAAUUAUUAUUGUUUUUUAAUUAAAUGAUAACGCGUAAUGAUUUGAGAAAAAAAAUAAUUGUAAGAAAAAAAAAAAAAAUAAUGAUAUUUUCAAUGUCAUUUUGAGUAUGUUGACAUUUUUUUCAUUUAUCAAUGUAAACAAGCAAAUGUUAUUAGGUAAUUAUAUUUACUUGAUAAAUAUUUACUUAAUAAUUAUUUAUAUUUACUUAAUAUAAAGCUUGUAUUUUUGUAAUAUUUUUAUCGGUAUUAAUUUUGAUAAAUAAUUUUGUAAAAUAUCUUUAACUAAAAUGAUUUCCUGAUAAAUAAAGAUUUUUUUUUAAUUGUCAUUACUUGACAAUGCAUAAAU